CCCGCCCCCGCCGCCAACCCCCGUAUCCCUUCCGCGACUCACCGCGCCGCCGCGGAGAGGCGAACCCGAACGAGACUCAGGAGAGGAGAGGGAGGGGGCAGAGGGAGGAAGAAGAGCUUCGCCGCCUCCGCCGAAGCGUGGAAGAAGAGAGGAGGGGAGAUGCCGACGGUGACCUGCAACGCGUGCAACGCGGGGUUCGAUGACGAGGAGCAGCAGCGCCUCCACUACCGCUCCGAGUGGCACCGCUACAACCUCAAGCGCAAGGUGGCUGGAGUUCCUGGAGUGACUGAAGCUCUUUUCCUAGCUAGACAAACUGUUCUAGCAGAGGGGAGCAAUUCUGAUAGCACUCCAAUGCUCUACAGCUGUGCACUUUGUGGAAAAGAGUACAGAAGCUCAAAAGCUCAUGCCCAGCAUCUUAAUUCACGUUCACAUCUCAUGAAAGCUUCUCAGGAGCCCAAUGCAUCCAUUGCUGGAAUUACAGUAGUCAAGCCUCGUCCUGAGCGAGUUCAACGCAGAGGCCCAUCUUCAGUAGAAGAGGAUGAAGAUGAGGAGGAAGAGUGGGUUGAAGUGGACCCAAGUGAGUUGGAGUCGACUUCGGAAAUGCAAGUAGACGAGCAUUCCUCCAAAUCAGAUGAUGACAUGGAUGAAUUUGAAGAGUUGGAUCCCACAUUCUGCUUUAUGUGUGAUCUUGAGCAUCAGUCCAUAGAGAAUUGCAUGGUCCACAUGCACAAAAAGCAUGGGUUUUUCAUACCUGAUAGUGAAUACUUGAAAGAUCCGAAUGGUCUUCUUAUAUAUGUUGGUCUGAAGGUGAAACGUGAUUUUAUAUGCCUAUAUUGCAAUGACAGAUGCCAGCCUUUCCAAAGUCUAGAGGCUGUGAGGAAGCACAUGGAUGCAAAAGGACAUUGCAAAUUGCGAUAUGGAGAUGGUGGGGAUGAUGAAGAUGCUGACCUUGAAGAUUUCUAUGAUUACAGCAGCAGUUAUGCUGAUGUGGAGGGUAAAGAGCUGGUUGCUGCAGAUGACAGGGACAACAACAUUGAACUGGGAAGUGGUGGGGCUGAGCUUGUAAUAACGAACAAGAGCGAGAAAGGAACACGUGUAAGAACUCUUGGUUCUCGGGAGUUUAUUCGCUACUAUCGCCAGAAACCACGUCCUUCUGUUGCGACGGAUCGCGCUCUUGCACUUUCCCUGGCUUCCAGCUACAAGAGUAUGGGAUUGGUGACAGUUCAGUCCAGGGAGCAAGUUGUAAGGCUGAAAGUUCUCCGAGCAAUGAACAAGACAGGUGUGGAGACCAUGCGAACCAAGAUUGGAAUGAAGAGCAACGUGAUCCGGAACCUCCCCAAGAACUGCCCAUAUUAGUCGAUGCCACUCUUGUCGGAAUUCCAUGGAGUUCCAGCAUCAGUUUUGUGGACAUGUGUGUUUUUUGUGCAUCUGCUAGCCAUGGCAGAGUGCUUAUGAGAUUUACAAAAGCAUUUACCUUCUAAUGGAAUCGUACUUUUGACAGUUAAAUUGGGCACAUGUCUUUAUAUUUAAUUUAAGUUGCACCUCAAAUGAGAGUAUUUCUUACUGAGAUUGUAUCCAGUA